CAUAUGACAUAUUUUCAAGUGCUCUACUAGCUAGCUAGAGGUACAUAUUACUUGUUUCAACAAUGGCGCAAUCAGAUCCACCAUUAGGUCCGCCACCAGCAAAAAAGCCCCGUCGUGUUUCUCCACCAGAGCCAGAGCUCAAAGCAGAGCUUCAAUCCAGAACAUGCUGUUCUGCAGAGACGGUCGUAAGUUUCUCUACAGAUUCUGUAGCAAACACUACUGUUCCUGAUGACGAAUGUUCCGUUCAAGUCCUUGAAAUCAAAAAGGAGGAGGAUGAGAUUCCGGAUUUGCUGUUUGUAGAACUGCAAAAGGAAAAUGUCGAGGAUGUUGUGAGUGCAUUGAAGCGCAUGAGGGAACUGUUCCUUUCCAGCAACACAAAUGCCGUCAAAAAUUGGAAGGCGGCAGCCCCUCUGGGUCCCAUCAGUUUGGUGGUUCUCGCCAUGCGCAAAUGGCCUGACCACCAGGACAUUCAGAACUAUUCUUGCAGGAGUCUCGCCAACAUGCUCAGUGUUAGCUGGAAGCAUGGUCUUGGAAAGUUUGCCAUGGUCAAGUCUGGUGGCAUUGAAGCUGUUGUCCGUUCCCUCAAGACUUUUUCGGAAUCCUUGGAGCUUCAGUUUGUGGGAUGCUGCACCCUCAUGAAUGCCUUUAAACUCCACCCGAAUGAUCCAAGGUCUGUGGCAGAGGGCAUGAUUCGGUUUGUAGAAAACCUGGAUGGAAUAGACAUUAUCGUUGGGAUGAUGAAGAGAUUCCCGGACCAUGUUGGUUUGUUGAGUGCCUGUUGUACCUUGCUCAUUGGCUUGACUGUUAUCAAGAACAAUCAUGGCACCAUGAUCAAGAAUGGAGCAGUGGAAGCAGUAGCUUGUGUCCAAAAGAACCACUGUGACAAUGAAAGUUUGAAGAAGCGAACAAUCAAGUUCUUGAUGGAUGUAUUUGCUUGAGGAGGCCUGGUACAAUGUCCUCCCUGUUGCUCCACUACCUGAUAUGUAUGAAUAGAUAGAUGUUCGACUGCUAAGGCUGGCUAACGUCC